GCUGUCACUUAUACCUGCUCUGUAAGUAAAGAGAAGAGGCAGGAGCUAAAGGAGGAGUCAGUUACUAUCAAUGAAAGUGGGAAAUAGAUGUGCUCUCCCUCCCAUUGCAACACACACUCAUUCUCCUGGAGUACAACUGGAUUGCACAGAGCACCGAGGCACAACACAACAGCAUGGAGACAGCCGUCGUACGUAGCUCUCCUUAAAGGCAACACUUCUCUGGACUCCGUGGAAGGAUUUACCGUAGGCACGGCUGAUUUAUAAAUAUAUUCUGUAGAAGAUGAAGAUCUGAGAAGUGUCUGAACUCAGCUUCAAGUCACCUACUAUGUCUGGAAAAGGCUUUGCCAUGAAUAGCACCAACUUCUUCUCUGUCCAGGCUGUCCUGGUCAACACCACCCUGAACCUCAACGAGACACUUUUUCUCAACAACCUCAGCAGGAUGGGAUUCUGUGAGCAAGUCUUGAUAAAGACGGAGGUCUUCUUAACCCUUGGGAUCAUCAGUUUGCUGGAGAAUAUCCUUGUGAUCCUCGCUAUCCUCAAAAAUAAAAACCUUCACUCGCCCAUGUACUUUUUCCUCUGUAGCCUGGCCGUGGCCGACAUGCUGGUCAGCGUGUCCAACGCCCUGGAGACGAUUGUGAUCGCAAUUCAGAACAAGUACUUGGUCAUCGGGGACUACCUGCUGCAGCAUCUAGACGACGUCUUUGACUCUAUGAUCUGCAUUUCUUUAGUAGCCUCUAUAUGUAACCUCUUGGUCAUUGCUAUCGACAGGUACAUCACCAUAUUUUAUGCCCUGCGCUAUCACAGCAUUAUGACGGUAAAGAAAGCGAUAGCCUUGAUCGUGGUCAUCUGGACUUCGUGCAUCAUUUGUGGCAUUGUGUUCAUUGUCUUCUCGGAAAGCAAAACCGUCAUAGUGUGUCUCAUCACCAUGUUCUUCACCAUGCUGGUCCUCAUGGCCACCAUGUACGUGCACAUGUUUUUGUUUGCACGGCUGCACGUGAAACGGAUCGCUGCCCUCCCAGUGGAUGGCGUGGUCCAGCAGCGCACGUGCAUGAAAGGAGCGAUCACAAUCACCAUACUCCUUGGAGUCUUUGUUGUCUGUUGGGCACCAUUCUUUCUCCACCUCAUCCUGAUCAUUUCAUGCCCCUCCAACUCCUACUGUGUCUGCUACACGUCCUACUUCAACACAUACCUCAUACUGAUCAUGUGCAACUCAAUCAUCGACCCUCUUAUCUAUGCUUUCCGCAGUCUGGAGAUGCGGAAAACCUUCAAAGAAAUCAUAUGCUGCUACGGCAUGAAUUUCGGGAAAUGUGGAUAGUGGUUAGAGCUUUUAAUAGGGGAGUAUUUGGCUUCAUCAAGACUUAUUUAGGGUUUGGGAUGACCCAAAAUCUCUUCAGUGUAUGGAGCGUGCCAAUUGGAUCAAAACAUGCUGCACUUUGUUGCACAUAUAGUAUAUAUAUAGGGCGUCUGGGUAAGUGCCCUAGAUUAACAAGGGUGCAAUACUUCAUCCACCCAAAUCCAUUUAAACCCAAUCAUAUUAGGGUGGGACAAGGUCUUUAAUAUUUUUCUAUAUUUGAACCAUGUCAGCUAUAAAGGGCAGGAAAGACCAAGUUAUUUAUUUUUAUGAGAUGAUUGUUAGAUUCUAGCCCAUGUUAACACCACCUCCUUUUGAAGGGGAACUAUCAUGAAAUUGAAUAUGGACAAAUUCUGGACUUCUAAAGAGUUAAAUGUAGCUUUUUCUGCCAGGAUCUCAGGUCUUGUGAAUGCCAGACGUAACGCGAUUUAGGUCUCGCUGGGUCCUGCAGAGCCUCACUCGCCUUACACAAUGUCUGGACAUUUAUAAACAUACGGUUACAAAAGGAAGCCGACCUUAGAGUAGACACGGUGUAUAAACUGUGCAUCAUUGUAGUUGUCAGCUUGUGUGAAAGUCAGAAAAACUACAUUUAACCCUAUAUAAGGCUGAAAUUGAACUACAUAAAACCCCAGACUAGUACUUGCGGUAAUGUAUGUGUAUGUGUGUGAUUAUGUGGAAUGCAUAUAAACACAAAUGUAUU